UACCUUCUCCAUCUUUUCGUUUGGUAACUGUCGUUGUUAUGGAUGUUUUGAUUUUCAACAAUAUUCGGAACGAGACGAAAUAUGAGUCGAGAAAAAACUGGAAUGGGUUACACUAGUUCCAAAAGUAAACGUGGUCAGAAUGAAAUGUUAUUACGUUUUAGAUAUAAACGGAAUUAAAAAAAUCGAGGAUAGUUUAAUAAAAUAUAGCAAUGUUUGUUUUCUUUUAAGGUAGCGAAGUUGCAUUUGAAAAACGUUGGUCACAUGACGUCAUCACAUUGUGUUAGAAGGCUCUGACGCCGGGACGUUGUCACAAUACAGUAUACACAACCAUGACAUAGUAUUUAGGAUAAAUAAAUAUGUUAAAUAUGACAUACGUUUCGUAAUGGAUAUUUAAGUUGUAAAGCAGCCAACAAUACAGAUGUAAUUAUCUAAUUGUAAACUACUUAUCUAUUCUCACAUCUUAUUGUUUUCUCAGUGGUGAUUUUGACAUGUCUGAAGCUCAGCUGAUAGAGGUGAUAGAGGGGGACACCACUCAGCUCUUAUCCCCUGGUCUGCAGCAAGAUGACGAUUGGGAGGCUGUGCUUACCCAUGAGGUGCCACAGCAGAGGCUGCUCUCUCCAGAGGCCCAGACCAUCUCAAACAUACUGGAGAACUGCAUUGCUCAAAUCGAGAUUGCAGCAUCUCUGUCUGCCAUCCAACAAUUAGUCUGCACGUCUAAUGAUGUACAAGAGGAGUUCACCAAGAUCCUUGAUGUGCAUCAGACGUUAAGGGAAAGGCUGGAAAAAUCGAAUGACCUCAAGAAGAUAAAAGAUAGACCGGCAGGAGAAGAAAGUGCUCGACGGAAAAGGAAGGCUCAGCUAGAGAGAGACUUCAAGUACUCCGUUAGGAAUUUGCUCAGGUUUUUCCGGACCCACCCUGAUGCAAUUUCGGGCUUAAGACCAGAGGUUGGCAUUGAACUUGGGGAGACAGAGUGCACACUCAUUAUAGGGCUGAAGAAAUUUCAUGUACAUAUGAUAGAGAGGUUGCAGACCACCCCUGAAGAGGAAAUACUGUUAGCCCUUGAGACAGUGUCACCUGACACGGAACUCAUUGUCAAACUAGAAGAAACAGCUGCAGCUAUCAUACAAAAAGAUGUUGAGAUUUCCGAGAAGAAAGAUGACAUCGAAACUUUGGAGCGUCGUCUUAAGGAGAACCAGAUAGAAGUAGUUGACUGGAAGCUUUUCGCUAACGAACAGUGCCAGUCCCUCAUCAAGACUUCUCAAGAGAAGCAAGCCAAUAUCCAGCAGGAAAUAGACCGACUCAACAUUCGAAUCCACACUUCGACACUUAAAUUCAGAGAAGGGGAGAAAACACUCCAAGAGAUAAAUGAAAAUGUGGAGAUGGAAAUUGAAUACUUGCUCCAAAAGUUUAAUGAUGAAAUACAAGAGCACCAGGCUGAUCUGGAGUUAUGUCAGAUGGAUGUUGAGAGGGAGGAAGGGGAACGUAAUAGACUGGAGAAGCCUUAUGCUGACCUGGAGAAGGAGUACAACUACAUCAUGGAGAAGCGUCGACUGGAACAGAGAAGAGUUGCAGAGUUGAAGCUUAAGGUAGCUCUUUACUGUCAGUCAUGGUGGAGAGGCUAUUGUACUCGCAAGAUCUUGGCCAGCAACCCCAUUGCACCUAGUAAAGGCAAAAAGAAUGGCAAGGGCAAGGGGAAGGGCAAAGGCAAAGGCAAAGGCAAAGGCAAAAAGAAGAAAUAGUCUAGAUUUAAACAUCACAACAGUACGCAAUCUGUAUCUAAGCAUUUGGAAUAUUUGUAGGCCUCUUACUAGUGUUUAGAGACUCCUGUCAAAGGAGAACGGUUGGUGUGUGUGUGUGUGGGGGGGGGGGGGGGGUACACAUUUUGAAUCACUCUUCAAACCAUUGGGUCAAACGUAACCCAGAUUGGGUGAAGGAGAUAAUUUAGCGCUGGGUCAAGAUUUUGAUCCAACACGUUGUAAAACUACCCAUACUGGUCAGUUAUACCAACCAGUAAAUGCGUUAUCAAGUUAUCAGGAGCUGAGGUUAAAAAUGAACACUAUCAAAAGAAGAAGCAGGAACUUUCUCUUGGAAGGGGUCAGUCACCAGAACAAGUCAUGCCGUGAUAUGUUUGGCGGUCUUAACACCAGAUAUUAUUCCUGACACAACCCAACCAUUUUCCAUUCAUUCAUUCAUUUUCCGAACCGCUUUAUCCUCACUGGGGUUGGGGGGGGGGGGGGGUGCUAGAGCCUAUCCUGGCUGUCUUCGGGCAGCAGGCGGGGAACACCCUGAAUCGGUUGCCAGCCAAUCGCAGACCAUUUUCCAUUUAAACCCCGAUUCCCUGUUAAACCCAGAUUCCGUGUCCCAAAUCAAUGAUGUUGCCUGCUGAGCCAUCCAGCAACCACAAACGCUGUCUAAGAAUAGUAACUUCGACUUCAGCACACAAAUGGCAACCAACUUCAAUAUUUUAAUUCAAAUGUGCUGGAUCAAAAUAAUGAACCCCACCUUGGGUAAAAGUAACCUAAUCUGCUCAAAAUUCACAGCCACCCACAAAGUGGGUAAGGAAAACAACCCUGCAUUUUUUUAAAAUUCUGUUUUUAUUCCUGGGAACAUAAUUCACAAUAGGACUUACACAGGCAACAUGGACAAAAGUACAAGGGGGGAUGGUUUUGAGGUUGCACAUCAAACUUACCCAAGCUUGCCUUUUUGACCUUGUUUACUGAGGGUUCGUCACACUGAAAGAAGUGUGGAUCCACCAAAUGCUGUUGUCUUGUUUGAUCACAUGAUGGCAGUAUGGGACUGCUCAAUACCAUUGUAUGUUGGAUGUCACCAUCCGCCAUGGGGGAGUCACGAGCCGCUCCAGGCACAG